AUGUUAAAUCUACUCCUGUUCUUGUGCAUUCAUAGCUUGAAGGCACAGGACAGUGAGGAUUUCAAUGAAUAUUUGUGUGCAGCAGGGUAUUCGGUCGACUCUGUGGUUAACGGCACUUCAUUGUGCAUAACCGAAUAUCGGCCACUACCUGCAGGCUCAACUCAGUAUGAAUGUGAAUCAAGAACCUGCCACACUAUAGGGACCUUCAAACCACAUACUGAAAUGUCGGAAUGCGAGCCAAUCGGAUCUACUGGAAAACACCAUAGUACUCAAGAAUGUCUUGCUUAUGGUUAUAACGCUAACAAGAAAAAUUAUCUUUGUUUCACUCGUGAUAACACUUAUGCAUGUAAUAAAGUUAAUAAUGGAUUCAUGAAUUGUGGUCAUUGUCAGUAA